AAGGUGUGCGGAUAAAAUGCUUGAAAUUCAGUCUACAAAAUACUGAAACUGACAACAGGAAGAAUGAUAGAUUUUGGUUGUAAAGCGUGUAAUAGCCUGCCUCUGCAGAACACGAGUAUUGGCAUGCUAUUUCUGAUAAUUGCUGGAAAAGAAACUAGUUCGACUGGGGAAGAGAGCUAUGAGAUCAUUUUAUCAAUACACAACACCAUCCUCUAUGGAUAAGUUGAAGUGUAAUAACCGGGUUUCUGGAUCUGAUGGAUAUUUCUUCUUGAAAAAUUGCACACCUUGGGGUUUUUUGAGAUCUGCCAUUGCUGAUUUAGUAUUCACUGCCUUUGCAACAUUUAUGUGUUGAAGCAAGCGAGACUGCGAAUAUCUUCUUUGCUUGCUAGACUUUCAUUGUACGAGUACAUAAAUUUUGUUUUGGAGUCCACAAUAAAUUUGUGCUUAUUGGACCACCUUAUGCCAGAAGGUCCAAUGGCAGUUGUCAAACCAGAGAUGAAGCCAUACAUCUGGCUCCAAACUACUGAUGGUUCAAUUCAACAAGUGGAAGAAGAGGUUGCUAUGUUUUGUCCUAUGAUAUGCCGAGAAGUUCUUCAAACAGGCAUGGGAUCAUCUAAAAAUUAUGCUAUCUCGCUUCCUCAACGUGUAAAUCCUGCUAUAUUGGGAUUAAUACUUGACUACUGUCGGUUUCAUCAAGUACCAGGCCGUUCUAAUAAGGAAAGGAAAACUUUUGAUGAAAAGUUUAUCAAGUUAGAUGCAAAAAAAUUGUGCGAGUUGACAUCUGCUGCUGAUAGUCUCCAACUGAGGCCUCUGGUAGACCUUACAAGCCGUGCGCUUGCUCGGAUGAUUGAAGGAAAAACUCCGGAAGAGAUACGUGAAACUUUCAAUUUACCUGAUGAUCUUACAGAGGAGGAGAAGUUGGAGCCUUUAAGAAAUUUGACGGAUGAUCCACGCAUUAGGCUUCUGAAUCGGUUAUAUGCAAGAAAGAGGAAAGAAUUAAAGGAGAGAGCAAAAGUAAAGAAUGUUGAGGUUGAAGAAGAGCAGCUUGUGGAUGAACGCCCAGUUGAUGAACUUUUGUCAUUCAUAAAUGGAGACGGAGAAUCUAAAGGAGUAAAAGCUGCUAAGAACAAAAAGAAAAACAGGAGGAGAAAAGACCUUUCUGGAAACUUCUCAUCAAAUGAUUCAAAUUGUAACCAGUUUAAGGAGCCAAAUCAUCUGCCUUCUGGCUACUUGAUUGGUGAUAUUGACAAUGCAACCUCCCAAAGUAAAAGUGCAGUAUUUCAAGAUUCUGCAUCUGUUACAUUUUCACCACAGCUUGAGUUUGAUAAUGAGUUGGAUCCUGCAAUGGAGGAAGAACUGGACAGGGAGGUUGAGGAUUUUGCCCGGAGAUUGAACUCUGUUUGGCCAGAAAGGAUGCAGGAGAUGUUGUCCUUGGGUCAAGAAAGGAGACCUGUACCAGUAUCGCUUAAUGGAAAUGGUGCAGUAAAGUGAUGUAAAGAUGUAGACAGGAGAUGACAGCAAUUCGAGCUGAAAACUCACUUUUCCAGUGAGAGACCAAGCCAGUUGUGCAUAAGAAUGGGCGUUGUCACCAUGUCAAAAACCGAUGGAUUUUGCACAGGUGACCAUGUUGAGAAUCUUUGUUGAGCCCUUUGAUCCGAAGCAUGAGUUGCAAUCUAAGUAAGUUUAUGAUGCAUGUUCGGAAAGUGUCGUUCUUCCAUUGUUUUCCCUCUGAUUUUUGUGUCCAGAAUCGUGUCAUCUGAAAAGGGAGAGUUUGAAGAGAAGAAAGAGUGAAUUAUCGGUCCCGUUUAGAAGGUGAGUUUUUUGGGUGUUUGUCUAAAACUUUACUGUAAA